AUGCCACAGUGUUGUGCAGUGCCUAUGUGUGCAAAUAAAAAAGGAGGGCAUAAGUUCCCUACAGAAGAUAAAAACCGAUUAAAACAGUGGCUUGUAGCCAUUCGCAGAGAUAAAUUUACUCCAACGAAAAAUAGCCUCGUUUGCAAAAGCCACUUCACAAAGGAUGAUUACCAGCUACCGAAGGACUCAGUAUUAGAAAAACCCAGGCCUGUGUUGAAAAAAUGUGCAGUGCCAAGUCGAUUCCCAUGGAUUGACCAAAAUUCUAGUUUGCAUCAAAAAAAGAAGGAGCGGCAUCAAAGGCGUUUGGCGCGAAAUGAAAGGAAAAUUAGUGUCCAAGUACACAUAAACAAUGAAAAAGAGAAGGAUGACACCUUCCUCAUGGAAACUACAAACUUUUUCGAAGUAGAAAUUGAAUUCGAGAAGAAACAGAAUGAUGUUGGUAUCCAAUGUGAUUUAUGUGGAAGUGAUAAUCUCAAAACACUUAAAGAAUGUCUUCAAAAUGAAAAUAAAAAUAAAAAAUCUUCAAUUGCAAAUGUGCUAGAUAUAACCAAUGCGGCCGAAGUACAGUUUUAUACUGGUUUCCAAGAUUAUGAACAUAUCAAAUUCAUAUUUAGUAUUUUUGGAGAUGAAGUAAAUUGUUUAAAAUAUUAUCCUCAACUGAAAACAUUGAAGGUGCCGUUUCUAAACCCUUGUGAUCAAUUCCUUCUAGUGUUAAUUAAAUUACGCCGGAACAUGCUAUUUACAGAACUCGCCUUUCGAUCGAAGAUUAAUAAAACGGUACUAAGUAACAUUUUCAUAACAUGGAUCAAUUACUUAUAUUGUAAAUUGAAAGAGUUAAAUGUUUGGGUGCCAAAACAAUGCAUAGAUAAAAAUAUGAAAUACUAUGGCAAGAUUAAUCCAUGCACUGUGAUAGUAGAUUGCACGGAAAUAAAAAUAGAGAAGCCCAAAAAUCCACUUACACAACAGCUUACAUAUUCCACUUACAAAUCAGCAAAUACUCUAAAAGUUUUAAUUGGGAUUUCAGCAUCAGGCUGCGUUACAUUUGUAUCCGAUGCAUAUGGUGGAUCUACGAGUGAUCGUGAAUUGUUUGAAAAAUGUGGACUUAUUGAUAAACUUGAACCUAAUGAUAUCAUUUUUAGUGACCGUGGCUUUAAUGUACAAGACCUAGUGUGCCAUAAAGAUGUUACAGUUAAUGUGCCAGAAUUUUUAAAAAAUACUGAUGGACAAUUUGAGACUUCUCAACUGACAAGGUCAAAAAAUAUAUCUUCAGAACGGAUACACGUUGAAAGGGUCAUUGGUUUGGCUAAAACUUUUAAGAUCUUAAGCGGCAAGUUGGAUUCAAAAUUGGUGCCUUUAGCAGAUAGAAUAAUAUUUGUAUGUUUUAUGUUAACCAAUUUCAAAAAUAAUAUUAUAAAGUAA